AUGGACUUCCUAGCCAGCCCACAGUAUGCGGGCUCAGAACGAACAGUGAGGUUUUUCCGUCAGUGGGGCAAGGAGGGUCGGUUCCUUGCAGUUUCGUCAGUCUAUGAGUCUGAGGCCGGGAUUCUCAAGAAUGCGUGUAUGGAGUAUAAAUUCGUAUGCCCGAGUAAGCCUGCGUGCGAGAAGCAAUGGAUUCCUGGAAGGGUUCUCUGCUAUUUUACAGCUUACACAAACUCUAGCAGACGCUGCAAGGUUGCCACUGGGGUGUGUCCCGUCAGCCCAGUUGUUGGCAGGCGUUCACGCUGGAGAUCUUUCGCAGCAAGUUUGAAUUUAGAAAAUGGGCCUGCACCAUCGAGUUCGACAUCGUCUUCAUCAGGGCAGGCUAGUGAGCAGCUGACCUCAGCCGAGUUGAAAUCUCUUUUGGCUGAUAAAGAACGAAGUAAGCUUUUGAGAAAGCUAAGUGAAGCAAACCAGCUGAACCGGUUUCUCAAGAGACAGUCGCAAAUAAAGGAUGAUGCAAUUGUAAAGUUCAGAAGUGAACUUGCUGUUUUGGAACUUGAACUGCAGGCUUUGGUUGGCCUAGCUGAAGAGAUUGCUAAUUUUGAUGUUCCAUCAGGGUCGAGGAAGGUAAAUGGAAAAUAUAUUCAGUCUCAUCUUCUCUCCAGAUUAGAAGCUGUCCAUGACAAGGUUAUGGUACAGAUAAAGGACAUUGAGUCUUUAAGACCUCGAGAAGUCGCUGUCCAUUGGGUUGGCAUGGCUGAGAACGUGCAAAUUAUGGGCUCCUUUGAUGGCUGGUCACAUGGUGAGGCAAUGUCGAGGGAAUAUUCAGGGGAUUAUGCGAGAUUCUCUGCGACUCUGAGGCUUAGACCUGGGAGCUACGAAAUCAAGUUCUUGGUGGACGGGGAGUGGAAACUGUCAUCAGAAUACCCGAUUACCGGCGAGGGAUUGACACAGAACAAUAAACUUGCCGUGGAAUAG